CAGAAAAAGAAAAUUUCCAAAAGACCGAGUCCAGCGACAACAACCACCCACGCGCUCCCUGUAAAUCGCCCUCUUCGCUCCGUCUCUCACCUUUUCUCCUUUGUUUUCGUGCUCCCGGAAGAGAUUACCUUUUUUUCUUUUUUCUCUUUUUUGGUACUUUUUGUCUUCUUCUCAGACGACAUCCAUUCGUCUCGGGUUGCGUUUUCCAGCCAUUUCUGCUGCCGUUGAAAAUUUAGACGGAGACCCGACCAGCAAGCCGCGAACCCUCCCAACAGCUCGAGAAGACAGCUAGUCGCCCGUCUUCCGUCCUCCUCUCAUCCUACGCCGAGGUUGUUUCUUGCACAAACCAAUUAAUCACAAUGAGAACGAGUACCAUUGUCGCCGCUUCUGCCGGCACGUUCUUGACAGGCCUACUGGCCUAUGCCAUCUACUUCGACUACAAGAGACAGUCCGAUCCAGAGUUCCGCCGUGCUUUGAAGCGGGACAACCGAAGACUCGCCAGAGCCGUCCGACAGGAAUCGGAGGCGGAGGGUGCAAAGCAGAAGGAGGAGAUCAAGCGGGCGGUCCAGGAGGCCAAGGAUGAGGGCUUCCCUACCGACAUUGAGGAGCGAGAGGGCUUCUUCAUGGGCCAGGUGGCCAAGGGUGAAGCUCUGUGCGCUGAUGGCUCGAACAACGUCGAGGCGGCUCUUGCGUUCUACAAGGCGUUGAAGGUCUACCCCCAGCCAAAGGACCUGAUCGCGAUCUACGACAGGACGGUACCCAAGGACAUCAUCGAGAUCCUAGCAGAGAUGAUCGCGAUGGACUCCUCGCUGAAGUUGGGCUCUUUCACCAGCGAUCCCGGGAUGGACAGCCAAAACGUCGAAUAAAACACCCGACACCGAAGUCCUGACGACGACCCACCCGGGAAUUAAAUAAUAGUAGCGCCGUCCACCUGUUCGAUGGUAUAUGUAUUUACCGUGGCGGGGGGGGGGGGCGCGCGGCAGGACGAGCGCUGGACUUGCAUCUACGAUAUCCGCUCCAAUCUCCACUACUGUACAUCUUUUAUCGUCCUUCGAUGGCAGCAAAUUCUUUCUUCUGUGGUACGAAAACUUGGCAUUGGCCUCGGAGCAGGGAUUCCAUUCGGUUCUUCAUUUUUUGUCUUCUGCUGUGUUCUUAGGACGGACCCUCUGUGAGUGAUUUUUCUUUGCAGCUCGGCCAGGCAUUGUUGGGGAUUUGCAGUGUAUUUUAGUGAACAAUAAAAAGAAUGGUCUUCUUUUUUUCGGC